CAAAUACGUGUUCAGCACAGCUGUUUAGUUUUGUACUGUCGGAAUAAUACAUCUUCGUCAUCUCUUUUUUAUGAAUAAAAAGAUGGAAACAUCGUAAGGUUAUUAUCAUGUCCGAUAUAAGGGAAAAAAUUAAAAAGUACCUUCAAUCAAAAAAAAAACUAGACGAAGUAGCACGAUAUGUUUACAUUAAAAAUAAAAAUAUACAUGACGCGGCAAAAUCUUACGGAGUUAUAUAUACGCAUCUUCAACAAAAAGUCGACAUUAUAAAAAGAUUGCUGAACGAUUUCAAACUAGGAUGUGCGUUGCAUAGGGCGGUACAAAAUGUUUUAAAUGCAAAAGAAUCUAUAGGCGAAGCUGCAAUACAUUACAAACUUGACCCCAAGAUUUUAAGUAGAGAAAUUCAGCAAUAUAAAGAUACCGGAAAAAAAUUGUAUAUAUAUAAUAAACCUGUAGAUGUUAAUACAGGAAUUUUCACAUUUGACGAGGAAUUAUUGUUGUUGAAGCGUUUAUCUCAAAGAAAAAUGAGAUCUUUAUUUUGUGCUUGUCAAAUUUGUACGAUGGAAGUACUUCUAAGUCUAGCUUAUGAGUUUGCCCAAGAAAAAAAGAAGCGAUAUCCUGAAACAUGGAAUAAAUAUAAACGAGCGGAUGAAAAGUGGCUAAUAAAAUUUGAAAUGAUACACAGUAUUAAACUUUCAAUAAUGUUUCCAUCUAAAUGUAAAAAAGAAUAAUUUUAAUUUAAUAAGUGUACAAUAAUCUUUAUUUUUGAUUAAUAUUUAUUAUUACUACACUUAUUAAUCUUUAUUAUUAUUUGAUAAGAAAAACAUGUUUUGGGAAUAAGUAAAACUUGCAUAAAAGAUAUUUUAAUUUAUCAUAAAUUUUUAAUUAAUUGAUUCGGUAGUGAUCACACAAACAUUUUAGAAAGUACUGUUUUCAGAAGUUAUAAAUCAAUGAAUCUAUGGAGUAAAUUGAUUAGAAAUACAUAAUCCUUAAA